AAUAAAGAAUAGAGUGAAUAAACUUUAAAUAGAAUUGUGCAGAUUUAAGCAAAAAAUACAAGAAAAAUCAAGUAUAAACAAAACAUACAAUUACAAAAUUGAAAUAGUAAUAACAAUGGAUCCCACCAUAUCAGUAUCAAAAGGAUGUUUUGUUUUCAAAAAUGGAGCAACACGAGCGGAUAAAACUAAGAAGUCCAGCAAACGUAAAAGAACCACAUCCAUUAGUGACAACGGCAUUUUGGGUAAAGAAAUAACGGAUCAACCAUUUUAUCGGGUUUAUCGUGAAAUGUGGCAAAAGAUACAAACACACAUAGAUGAUUUACAAAGGGAGAGCAGUGCUCGCACCUUAGAAGAUUUGGUGGAUUAUGUUGUUAGGCAAAGUAGAGCGGGUGAAGAGGAAAACUUGGGCAUGGAAGAGAUAUUACCAGCUGCUGCUCUUCUCACUGGCAUAAAUCAACCCGAUCACUUGGACCAGUUUGAUAACUUGGGUCAACGUAUCAAUGAGAAAAUAUCCGCCAGUAUUUGUAUAUUACAAUCUCGUGAUUGUUCCACCAUCAAGUCGGCCGUAGAGACAUUAGUACAUAAUUUUGUUGAAGCUCCUCAGGCAGAUGAGAACGAUGAUCGUGAUAAUAAACGUCUACGGAAAUCGCAGUGUACCAUGAAACAAUUAAAACAUUGGUAUCGUAAUAAUUAUCCAACAGUUACAGCUGAGUCGAAACAGCAGCUAGAUAAUGGUAAUGAAACGGAUGCCAGUAGCAUAAUGAGUAAUGGCAGUACUAAUGCUUUAGAACGUCAUAUGUUGGUGGUUAUAUUGCCGGAUUUUGAGUGUUUUAGUGCUGCUGUUUUACAAGAUUUAAUAUUGAUUUUAAGUGCCAACUGUUGUGAUUUACCUUUAUGUAUGAUCCUGGGUGUGGCCACUUCAAUAACGGCCGUUCACAAUGCUUUACCUUAUCAUGUAACGUCAAAGAUUAAAUUGCGUGUAUUUCAAACACAAGCAGCACCAGUUAGUUUAAAUGAGAUCUUGGAAAAGGUUAUACUCUCACCUAAAUAUGCUUUUCAUUUGUCCGGUAAAGCUUUUAAAUUUCUUACACACAUCUUUCUCUACUAUGAUUUCUCUGUAAAUGGUUUUAUACAAGGAUUUAAGUAUUGUCUCAUGGAACAUUAUUUCCAAGGCAAUGCUUACGCUCUCUGUACCAAUUACUCUGCCUCUCUAACCAAAAUCAAAGGUAUGACCCAUGAUGAUAUGGAGACCAUACGCAAACAACUCUCCUUUCGCCCCUAUGUGGAGAGUAUUAAUGAUUGCAAACGCAUAAUAUCCAUUUUAACAGAUGACAACUAUUUGAAAAAGAAACUACCCAGUCUUCUAAAAGAUUGCCAUGUGUACUUUAUGUUAAAGCGCAUAUUUCUCGAAUUCUUUACAGUUUUAGUAGAGGAUUUACCAAAAUGUCCUUUGGGUAAAUAUCGUCGUGAACUGUAUGCCAAUUGUAUGGCCAAAGAGUUGAGUACUCAGCCAGAAUAUAAAGAAUCUUGGCAAAUGUUGUCGUUUAUGUCUAAAGAUGAAUUUGUAGCUAAAAUAUCGAAUGCUAUAAAAACUACACAGGAUUUCUUUGAUCAAGAGAUAAAAGGACAUUUGGAAUUGUCGGAAGAUUGUGAGAAAAUCGUUGAGGAAAAGUUACAUAAAGUAAAGGAACUUAUAACCAAAGUGGUAAUGGCUGGUAUGGAAAGUAGUACAACAGGUGGAGAGUCUCAGAAUACGGUAACAUCGCCUGAUGAGCUAAAACAGUUAUCUUCUCGACAAGACUUAAAGGAAAAACUCUUGCAAAUGUCCAAACAACAAAAACCCAUAUCAGAGUUUACACGUUCGGUACAAGAAACUUUAGACUAUAUAGAACAACAAAUAGUGUCGGUACAUUUGGGUUCUAUGCAAAAGGCUCCUCCACUACACGAACUGUUUGUAUUCAGCGAUAUAUCUACGGUUAGACGUAAUAUUAUAGGAGCCCCAAGAGCUGCUUUACAUAUGGCUCUCAAUAAUCCUCAUUUCUAUUUGCAAUGUAAAUGCUGUGGUCUUAGAGAACAUUCCCAAUUGCUGGCCACUUUGCCAGAUCUAUCGAUUAUUUAUAAAUUGCAUUUAGAAUGUGGUCGCAUGAUAAAUCUUUAUGAUUGGCUGCAGGCUUUUCGUUCGCUGGUAGAUUUCACUGAUGAGGAACAAGAACAAAUUAAUCCACAAAUACAGGCCCGAUUUACCCGCGCUGUGGCAGAAUUGCAAUUUUUGGGUUAUAUUAAAAUGUCUAAACGUAAAACGGACCAUGCUACUCGUUUAACUUGGUAGUUUUAAGUGAAAUUUUUGAAUCGAAUUUCUAGAUUUUUGUUUUCGCAAAGAGAAAAUCAAUAAUUGUUUCUUAAUUUUUUUCUUUAUUUGUUAUUUUCUUUAAUUUAUUCAUUACUUUUCAUAUUUUCAUUAUUUUGUACAGUUUUUUUCAUUGUAAAAUAAAGUAUUUUAAAUAAAUUAUGCAACUGCAUGUUUUUCAAUGCAA